CAACCCGGAAGUCUCGUCACUGUUGCGGAGUCACAAUCUUUACUCGUUAGAGUCGUUUGACUGCAUCUGAAAUUCGUGACUUUAUAUUUCCACAGGCGAUCAUUCCACAGUCACCUGAAGUCUUCAAAUGAUGUUUACACACCUACUUCUUCCUGAGCUGUUCACCCCCAGAGAGGAAUGUCAUUGACCGGUUCUCUCUCAUCAUCAUAGACAGAUUCAUGAAGAAAUGGGCAAGGAGAGGGUAAGUCACUGCUGCGUGCACUGCGGAAAGAAUUUUACUAAAAAGAGUCAUCUCCAGCAGCAUCAGCGCGUUCACACCGGAGAGAGACCCUACCGGUGCUUACAGUGCGGAAAAGAUUUCAGUCAACAAAUCAAUCUGAAAACCCACCGGCGUAUUCACACCGGAGAGAAGCCGUUUCGCUGUUCGUACUGUGGAAAGAGUUUUACUCAACGCUGUGAUCUGCAGCGGCACCAGCUCAUUCACACUGGAGAGAAACCAUUUUACUGCUUGCAGUGUGGAAAGAGUUUCCGUAAACAAAGCAGUCUCAAAGAGCACCAGCUGAUUCACACAGGAGAGAAGCCACAUCACUGCUCGCUGUGUGGCAAGGGGUUCACUCGACAUAGCCGUCUCCAGCACCAUCAACUUGUUCAUACCGGAGAGAUGCCGUACAAAUGCUCGCAGUGCGGAAAGGGCUUUAUGAGCGGACACAACCUCAGGAGGCAUCAUCUUAUUCACACCGGAGAGAAACCAUUUUACUGCUUGCAGUGCGGGAAGAGUUUUACUCAGCAGAACGACCUCCAGCGCCAUCAGCGCGUUCACACCGGAGAAAAACCAUAUUACUGCUCGCAGUGCGGGAAGAACUUCUUCCGGCACAGUCACCUCCGCCAGCAUGAGCGCAUCCAUACCGGUGAGAAGCUGUACCGCUGCUCACAGUGCGGAAAGACUUUUACGUGCCAGAGUUCUCUCCAGCAACACAAUCACAUUCACACGGGAGUGAAGCCGCACCGGUGCUCACAGUGUGGAAAAGGUUUCAUCAGCAGACACAACCUCAGAAGGCAUCAGCUUGUGCACACAGGAGAGAGGCCAUAUUACUGUGAACUGUGCGGGAAGGGGUUUACGCAGCAGAUUGAUCUCCAGCGCCACCAGAACCUCCACACAGGAGAGAAGCCGUAUUCCUGCAUGCAGUGCGGGAAGAGUUUUAGUGACAAACGACAUGUUAAAAGUCAUUCAUGCGUUCAGACAGACAAUAAGACUUUUACUGCUGACAGUCUUGGAAAUGCUUAACUUAAUCAGAUAUGUUAAAAAAAGACAAGCGUAUGAUGGUUUACAGUCAAAAGUUUACUGACACCUGAUGCCUACGUAUGGUUCUUCUCCAAAUGUUUGCCGUACUAUUGUAUAGAAUGUCUCCUGCAUUGUCCUAAAUGAUGUACUACACAAUACGCACCUACAUUAUGUACUCUCCCAUCUAGUGUAUGAUUGUUCGAAGGGUAGCAUUUACUUAAAUUGAAGUAAAUGGGAGUAAAAGCUGUUGUGUUGAUUGUCAAAUGACACAAAUCAAACACACAUAACGCAGCACUGCUUACUUUGGCACAACACACAUGGGCUAAAUUACAAGACAGUCUGUAAGAUGCACUGUCCAUAAGCGUGUUGACCGCUGUCUUGAUUAUUUAUUUAUUUAUUUAUUUAUUUAUUUUUAUUUUCUCGCCCAGCGUCUACCUGCACAAGUAUGUGAUUUGGGAUGCAACAGCAUUACAAUUCAACUUCACUGGAACUAAGAGACCCAAACAUUGUUCCAGCUUGACAAUGCUGCUGUGCACCAAGCCCCUGAGCUCCAUGAAGACAUGGUGUAAAGGUUAAGGUUAGACUGGAAGAACUUGAGUGUCCUCUGACUAGAGCCCUGAUUAAAACCCACUGAAAACCUUUGGGAUGAAUUGGAACUGGUGUGUCCUCACCCGACAUUAGUGUCUGAUCUCACGAACGAACAUAAAUCCCUAAACGAACAUAAAUCCCUACAAAACUAAAUUCCAACAUCUACACCCAGAAGGGUAUAGACUGUUGUAUCAUUAAUGCCAGUGUUUUCAGAAUGGGAUGUUCAAUAAUCAGGUGUCCACAUACAUAUGGUCAUAUACGAAAAGGAAUUAAUUAUUGCACUACUUUAUAACAAUCCUGUCUAUGUCAGAUGUGGGAUGUGGCUGCCUAGUUGAGGAUGUGGUAGCCUAGCGGGUAAGAUCUUGGACUACCAAUUGGAAGCUUGCAGGUUUGAACCCCAAGUCCAUCCAUCUGCCUCUGCUGGGCCCCUUUGUUCAUUUGUAUAAAAAUGAGAGAAAAAUGUAAGUUGUCUUAUGACUUUGACCAACUUGGUUGAAAUUAAGGUUUUACUUGUACUGUAAAUGUAUCCAGGUUAAAAGAUUUAUAUUAAUAGUAUGGAGAAUUAAGCAGUCAUGUUCACAGUUCUGUAGUCGGUGUGUGCAAUAUAUUUGAUGGAACGAUUUUCCGUUUUAUUUUACCAAUUUAUUUAGGUUUACAAUCCGUUGAGUAACGUUCGAGUUAAAUGCCUAGCUCACAUCCAGAAGUUGCAGCUAAUUAUAUUUUGCACUUCAGCGUGAGCUCAGAUACAGAAACCCAACCUUCCACUUUGUUGACUAGAAUAACGGGUGUGUAUAAAAACAGGUUCAGGUGAAAAUACAGCAAAGGUGCUUCAUAUUUACACUCCACUAUAUUCACAUUCCCGAUUCUAUUUUCAAAAGAGGGAACAAAGAAAAUGUCACUUCACCGUCACUGCAUGCUUUUAAAUGGCAAAAUGAAACAACGCCGCCUCUGAGAUUUUGAUGUGAAGGAGCAAAUCAAUGAACAAAGACUGAAAUGUAUGUAAAUUCCAUCAUGACGUUUGGUCUAAUGAAGUAUUACUUAAUGUGGUGUUCUACAGUACUUAAUAAUGAUAAUGUAAUAGUAUUUAACAUAAUAAUGCAUUACUAAUGCUGCCAUGCUUCUUUUUGUUUAAUAGCAAAUUAUUUAUACACUUUUGCAAGAAUGUUAAUGAGAAACAUUUGUUACUCAUUCCUAUGGUACAAUCUUACACUUUUAUAGAUUUUUGUUGUCAGUUUCUUUCUUUAGACAUAACUGGCUAAAUAAAACACCACACUGACACUAUAAUAUCUCAUACUGGGGAUGUGGUAGCUUAGGGGUUAAGGCGUUUAAGGACUACAGCUCAGAAGGUUGUUAGAUUGAGCCCCAGGUCCACCAAGCUACCAUCACUGGGCCUCUGACCAAAGUCCCUCAAACAUCAAUUGCUCAAGCUGUAUAAAAUAAGAUAAAUGUAUAUUGCUUUGGAUAAGGGCGUCUGCCAAAUGCCAUAAAUGUAAACGGGAAAUGUCAUACAGAUAGUGUUAAUUACUGGGAAUUGAUGUAGACGUCACCAGUAAUUAAGCAGUAGUUAUUAUACACGAGUUCUAGUUAGGAAGCAGUUCUGAUAUAUACCUAUUUGCUCCUACUACACAAACAGUAAAAUGUUUGUUUGCUUGUGUUCCCCCUCUUUCCACAUUUGUGUAUGUGGUUUCUUUCUGUUGGUUCUCUUUUGUUUAAGCAGAUUAUAGAAAAAUGUAUAGUUGAUUGAAAUCUCUUAAAACUAUGAGUUCUGAACAAGUUUAAUUUAUAACUUGAAUUAAAUUUCUUGCACUUUUGCGCAUACCAUUAGCUGAAACCAAUUUCUGUACCCUUUUAUUGUUUUACCAUUAGCCUUAAUUGCUGAAUAUCCUUGAUUUUA